AGAACUUGAAGGGAUGGACUUUUCAUCACCGUGGACUCUUAGACCAAUCGUCGACGCUCGCCUCUACCAAACCGAUGAAUAUGGCACUGCAAAAUCUACCAUCUGUUCAAACUUUCAUGUUGCUAUGGGGCUAAGCCAUAGAGCGGCGACAAACUGUCCUUUUGUUGGCAUUGAGCGUUCGAUCUUCUUCGCACUGUGAGACUAAUGCAAAACAAUCAGGAGGCAACGAGGUCAGAACGCUAUUGUCCGGCUUGCAAGCGAUGCUUCCAAGGACUUGGCUGCAGUGGCAAAGGGAGCGUUGUUUCCUGUUGUUUCUUCUUUGACCUUAGUGCAUAUAUAAGAGAACCCGCUCUCAACGACCCGGGUCCAUCUCUUCUUAUUCCCUCUCCCGUCUCUUAGCCUUUCUCUCACGGGGCUCUGGGAGCUCACACUUAGUUUCAUAUCAACGAACACAAUGGUCAACCUUAUCAUCCUCGCAGGCGGAUAUACCAACUUCAUUGCGACCUAUCUUUUCAAUUCUACCUCCUCUAAUCUGACUUUGUUGAGCCAAAGUCCUUCUGGCGAGAAUCCGUCUUGGAUAGCUUCACAUCCUACAAACAAGAGUAUUCUCUAUGCCGUGAAUGAGGUUUUCAAUGGCCCAGGACAAUUACAAUCAUUCUUCGUAGGGCAAGAUGGCGCAUUGUUCAACGUGGCUAACGCGAGUUCUGGGGGAGACGGACCGGCUUUUGUCAAUCCAUUGUCUACGGGAGAAGUGGCUAUAAUGAACUUUGGCUCUGGCGAUGGCAAAUUCAUCCCCACUAAAGAAGAUCCCCUUGAAUUCGAUGAUACUGCACCAGUUGUGACGUUUCCAACACCAGAGAAGCCGUGGCCGUUCAACUUCUCCAGACCGCAUAUGGCGUUGGACGUUGGCUCAGAAGUCUUAGUACCUGAUAUGGGAGGCGAUACCGUCUGGAGGUUGGCAAAGGACAACAGCACUGGCGAAUACAAGAUCCAAGGUCAGUUGCAACAACCUCCAAAUAGCGGUCCACGGCACAUCGCCGUCAAAGGCAACAUGUUGUACACCUUUCAUGAAACAGAUAGCACACUCACUCAACAAGCUAUUCCUCAAGACCCCACAGCGCCUUCACCUAUGAUAGCCACCCUUAACAUAACUCCUCCAAACCCACCUCCCCAAGCCCACUUUGCCGCAGCCGAGAUCCGCCUUCUCAAUUCUUCACCCAAAUUUCCCAAAGCCUACAUUUACACAUCCAACAGGGCCAUUAGGCAAGUACCAGCACCGGAGGACGAUGCCAUCGCUGUCUACGAAGUGGAGCCCCAAUUGAAGUUUGUCAAGCAUGUUUUCACGGGCUUGCAACAGAUCCGUGGAAUGGAAUUUGGUGGGGAUGAGAAUGAGUUCUUGGUUGCUGCGGGGAACUUUGGUGAGGCGGGGACGAUCGUGAUGAGAAGGACGAAUGGAGGGGCUGAUCUGGAGAUGGUUGCCCAGAACACGGAGAUCCCGACGAGGACCAGUUUUGUGUUGCUAGAGCAAUGACCAGUGUAUUAUACCUGAAACGCAUGGACGGCUUCUUAGUGAAUGUUCAGAAUAUUCGAGC